AUGAACAAUUAUGAUUAUACAAGAAACAUUCAAAACAAAUACGUGAUAAAUUUAAGGAAGUUAUUAGGCCAGGGAAGUUAUGCAGAAGUCCAUUUGGGGUAUUACUAUUAAAAUGAGAAGCAAUAAGUUGCCAUUAAGAGUUUUGAUAAGAAAUCAAGAAGACUGAAAGAAGUGUAAAAAUAUAUAAAUCGAGAAAGACAAAACUAGUUGUAAUUAUAAAGUCCUUAUGUCGUAAAAAUGAUAGAUUUUGUUGAGGAUGAGGAUUAUUUUUACUUCAUUUUGGAGUAUUGCGAAUAAGGAAAUCUUUAAAAUAAAAUAAAUACAUCCACACUGACUCAUGAGUAAGUCUUUGACAUUUUCUACUAAAUUGUACAGGGAUACAAAGAAAUUAGAAAUAAAUAAAUUGUCCACAGAGACCUUAAACCUGAAAAUAUUCUAUUUUCAAACGGGAUUGCCAAAAUAGGAGAUUUUGGAUUCUCUAAACUACUAGAUGAACUAGAUUAGAAUAUUCCUUAAUCAAAUCUUGGAACUCCAUUAUACGUAGCACCAGAAGUCAUGGAUGGAAAUUAUUCGUCUAAAGCUGACAUCUGGUCUUUAGGUGUCAUUCUUUAUAAAAUGUUAUAUGGCAAAACACCAUUGGAAAUGUAGCCCAAGAGGAGAUCAUCACUUCAAUGGUAAGUUUAUUAUCCUGAAGCUAUAACAAUUCCUAAAACUUAUUUGAAUUUAUUGUAACGAAUGUUAAUUUAGGAUCCUAAAGAAAGAAUUGAAUGGGAAGAUAUAUUUUAAGUAGUGGAUUAGAUCUUUUAUGAAUAAAAUUUACUGAGAUCUUAAAUAAGACAUAGCACAGAAGUUAGAGAAAUAUCAGCAUUGCUUUAGGAUAACAAUACAAAGGUGAAAAGCAUUUUUAAUUAUUUUUUAUACAUUUCAGAUAUCAUAAAAUUCAUCAGGUAAUUGAUGAAGGAAGUAUAAGAAAUUAGUUAAAUAGUGUCGUUAUCAACAGAGUAAUAAUUAAGUUACUCAGUCAUUACCUAAAAGUACAUGGUAAAUGAAUUGAAAUAUUAUAUUGAUGUUCUCUAAGGAAAGAAUAUGUUCUGGAUUUAAAUACUACCAGCUGAUUUUAAAUUAUUUAAAGAAAGUGAUAAAUAUGAUCAAACAUUACAGAAUUUCUAAUCAAAUUAUCAAUAGAUGAAUGAACCUUACAAUAAAGCCAAAAAGAAUUAUGAAUAGUUCUAAUAAUCUAGCAUCAGAAUGAGUACCGAUCACACAAACUAAAUUUUAACACAAGUAUAGUUUAAAUUGCCUAACAACAUUGUGGCACUAUCAUCAGAUUAGAAUGACUAGGCAUUCGGUUAAGUCUUCAACCAAAUCUAUCAUAAUAUAAUAGAGCACAUUAGAAUGAAAUUGAAUAUUCAGGCUAUUUAGGAUAAAGAUAAAAAGACUCUAAGAAAGAUCCUUAUCAAGUUAUUAUACACUUUGUAGCCUCUCUAAUUUAGCCAUCGAAUUUUCGAGCCAUCAAAAAUUGAAUAAAAGCUUCUCAAUGAAUAAAAUUUAGAAAAUGAGUUUUAAAUUAUCUAUGCAAAAUGUGGCAGUCAGAAAUUAUGA